AUGAGUCUUGAAGGCCGAGAAGGUAGAAGUGGUAGCAGAACCAGAAGACUCAGUUCCUCCUCAUUAAUAAGCGAGGACGACAAUAACAAGACAGGAUUCAUUGAGAGCAUAGUUGCAGAAGCUUUCCAGCCGCCUCGCACAGCGGCAAUUAGAAGGACUGAAACAAGGUGCUUAAAAACCAACCAAACAACAGGAUUAAAAAUUGCUGAACAAUGUACAAAAAACCUAUCAAUGAUGACCUCUGUAAGACAACAAUUGAUGACGCAAAAAGAGUCCAUGAAAUUGGGAACUGCAAGACCAAUUACCAGCAGAGGACAAAGAGACAGAAAUUUCCAUGGCGUUCGACAUUUUCAAGGAACACUUCAUUCAAAAAUAAGAGAUCUUAGUUUCGAAAUAGAAAAACUUCACUGGAUGUUUAAUGAUGCUCAGCAAGAGUACUUUAACUCAUUAACUUAUGAAACUAAAGCCAAAGAAUUGGCCUCAGAAAUAACAAACUUUCAGAAAAUUUUGUCUGGCUUGAAUUUGGCUUUUGACUACGCAAAUAGAAUAGGAGAUAUUGAAGCACUUGAGCAGGAGGUUCGACAAUUAGAAGAAAUGAACAUUUCGGAGAGAGGAAAAAUUGAAGGACUUUUCAAUGAAAGGAAACUGAAAGAAGAUUUUAUUCAACAAAUAGAAAGCAAUGAAAGGGUUAAAAAAAAUAUAAAUUCAACACAUCCUGAUGCAGAAGAUGAAAAAGAACAAUAUAUUUAUUUUAAGAACAGGCUUUCUCAAAGUUCAAUGGCUGUUGGGUUUUGGGACAAACAAAUUGAACAAUAUAAAAAAGUUAAAGAUUCAUUAAUUCGAAAACUAAAAUGCAAAUCCCCUUUUAUAGAUGAUAUAAUUCCACUAGAAAUGAAACUAUUGACUCUGAAAGGAAAGUGGAAUGGGGUGAAUGAAAAUUCUACUAUGAGACUUAAUAAAGAGCGGGAAUUAAUCUUAGAGACUGCUAAGCAAGAUAAAACUGAUAUAGCAGAAAUGGAAUGAUCUCCACAUCCUAACACCAGGUCUUAG